AUGUUAUUCGAAGGUCCACUUAGUAAGUGGACAAAUGUUAUUCAUGGUUGGCAAUAUCGUUAUUUUGUUCUUGAUCCUACACAAGGAAUGCUUAUUUAUUAUACAUCCAAAGAUAAUAUGGUUAAAGGAGAACGACGUGGUGUUGUUUUAUUAAAGGAUGCACAUUUAGGUAUUGAUUCAGAAGAUGAUAGUACAUUUACUAUUCGAUCAAAUGGUAAAACAUUUCAUUUCCAAGCUCGUGAUGCUGAAGAAAGACAAAAAUGGAUAUCAAAUCUUGAAGAUGCUAUUUCUCUUAAUACAAAUAAUACAAAUAAUUUAUCAUAUUCACAUAAAACAAUAUUUCAACGUAAAAUAACAGAAGCUGACAGUUAUUUACAAAUAUUAAUUGAUCAAGUGAAUGAAUUAGAACAAAUUAGUAAUCAAGUACAAGAAACAAAAGAACGGGAAUGUUAUAAUCGUAUUAUUUUAUCUGCUAAAAGAUUAAUCGAAGCUGUCAAAUAUUCUAUUUUAUCACUUCAAUUAGCAAAACAUCAUUGUUCACAACGGACACCAUAUCGUUAUAUGAACGAACAAUUUUUUGAAUCGAUUCAAAUGGAUCCACAGAAUGAAAUAAAAACUAAUGUCGAUCAUCAAACUAUAUUAUCAGAUAUAAGUAUAAAUAAAGAUGAAGCAUCGUCAAAUACUACUCAGACAAUAAUUCGUAGUGAUACAAAUGAAAAAAUAACUAAAGAUAAUAAUCUAAUUGAACCUUUAGAUUUUCAUACAGCUGCAAAAACUGUUCGAAAAAAAUUUCCUAUAUCAUCUUAUUCAAGUAGUGAUGAUGAUAAUGAUUUUUAUGAUGCUGAUGAACCAAUCGAUGUAUCGGUCUUUUUAUCAUCUUCAAAUCCACAAACAGAUGAAAAAACCACAAUAAAUGGAACAUCUCUUACAAAUGAAUCACAAAUUCCAUUUGAAAUUUAUGAAGCUGCUUAUGAAGAAGAACCUGAAGAAGAUCUUGCACCUAUCGAUGGAACUAUUAUUUCACAUUUAAUCUCGCAAGCACGUAUAUCAAUGGAUUUAACUAAAAUAACAUUACCAACAUUUAUUCUUGAACGACGUUCUUUUCUUGAAAUGCUUGCUGAUUUUCUUGCUCAUCCCGAUGAAUUUGUUAAUGUUACAGAUUAUCAAACACCACGUGAUCGUUUUAUACAAGUUGUUAAAUGGUAUUUAUCUGCAUUUCAUGCUGGUCGAAAAAGUCCAGUAGCUAAAAAACCAUAUAAUCCAAUACUUGGUGAAACAUUUCAAUGUUUAUAUGAUAUUGGUUCAUCAUCAUCAUCUUCAAAUACAACAAUUGCAAAAGAUGGUCCUGUUUCAUGGGCAUCAGAUAAUAAUGUUACUUUUAUUGCUGAACAAACAUCUCAUCAUCCUCCAAUUGCUUCUUUUUAUGCUGAAUGUCCUGCAAAACAUAUUCAAAUAGAUGGAUGUCUAUGGACAAAAUCAAAAUUUCUUGGUCUUUCAGUUGCUGUUCAUAUGAUUGGUGAUGCAACAUUAACAUUACUUGAUCAUGAUGAACGUUAUAUUAUGACAUUUCCAAGUGCAUAUGGACGUUCUAUCCUUGGAGUACCUUGGUUUGAAAUGGGUGGUAAAAUAACAAUUGAAUGUGAAAAAACCGGAUAUUUAGCUAAUAUUGAAUUUUUAACAAAACCAUUUUAUAAUGGAAAAAAACAUCAAAUAAUUGGUACUUUAUUUGGUCCAGAUAAGAAAGAAUUUUGUAAAAUUGAUGGUGAAUGGAAUGGUGUAAUGAAUGCAAAAUAUAUUGAUAGUAAAAUAUCGGAAGUUUUUUUUGAUACAAAAAAAACAGCAGUUAUUAAAAAAAUUGUUCGACCAAUUGCUGAACAAGGUGAAUAUGAAAGUCGUCGUUUAUGGAAAGAUGUAACUUAUUAUCUUAAAUCUAAACAACUUGAUAAAGCAACUGCAGCAAAAACAUUUCUUGAACAACGACAACGUGAAGAAGCUAAAGAACGUAAUGAAAAAUCACUUAAAUGGCAAACAAAAUAUUUUACUGAAUCGGGUGAAUUAAAAUGGACUUAUGAAAAUAAAUUAAUUAAACGUUUAAAAUGA